AUGCAAGAAAUGAGCGCAAAGAAGGAUCUUCACGUGGUUCUGCGGCGCAGUCGCUCCACCGACGCGGCGGCCAUUGCACAACUUACACGACUUGGCACAGUGACGCCAUGCGUCCCUCCCGUGGCGUUGUUUCCGUGGAGAACGGAGGCAGACUUUUUGGCCCUCAUUGAACGUUCCGUUAUUUGCAUUACCGCAACAUCUAAAAUCACCGGAAGGGUGGCAGGAUUUGUUUGUUUGGAUGACAUACCACAUGUGACUUCUAUUCUUGCAGAAAAUUGGGAAAACACACUGAAGCACAACGAGGACAAUAAUGACAGUGAUUAUGCCGAUGUGGAAAUUGCACCGUACAACACACUCUGGUUGAAAUCUCUUCUUGCACCUCCUUCCAGUGCUUUUCUGUCGCAUAUUAUUGACCCACGUGAUUUAGAUGCCAUAAGGACGGAGAGAAAACUGUUACUUUUUGGCUACGAGGAGGAGGAUAUGAUUUCGGAAUUGCUGUCUACGGCGCUUAUCAAUAUGCCAGGAGUGAUGCAGCUGCUUGUUCCUUUUCCUUUGGACUGCAAAUACCCGCCAAUUGAGUGCCUUGGAAAAAAAUCUAUUUCCCUUUCGGAUUGUUUUUUUGAAGGUUCGUUACUUCGCAUUUUUGCUUCGAAACUGGUGCCACGGCUUCAACUCCGCUUGGGAAUUAUGGAGGACUACGAUGACUUUGUUCCAGAAAUGUUAAGGGGGUAUGGACUCAUCACUGCACUACCAGAGGAGUUUUAUCUGGAUGAGCUACUUAAAGAUCAAGAUGCCUUUCACAAAGUCAUUAUUGCUGAAGAUGCCGUAAGUCACCGUGUGGUUGGCAUCAUGUGCCUUGAGGCGACCAUUGAAGAUCAGCAGAGGGUAUCACGGCAGUACAUGACGGAGAUUUUUGACAAAUUUCGCCCUAUGAAUAACAGAAAGGACACUGGAAAUUUUUCUACCUUGGAUAUCCCAAAUGUGGUGAAAAUUAGUUUUUUCCAGAUUGACCCCCAAUACGCCAUGUGUGCCGAUCAAUUCCUGCCCUUUGUCUUUCAAGAGUUCCCGUACGUCGAGUACGCCAUGAUCAUCCUCCCACAUGAAAAGGACGAGCCACCGUUUUUGCAGCAAUUUGAGCAUGUCCCACUGCGGAGGUAUCAGCCGCGGAACGCAAGGGGAGAGGUGAUUCCUAUUCCACAGGGACUAUGGAUUUAUUGCCGAUACGCAGCCGAUCCCAUUUGGAUCCAGCCGGUGCUUAAAAACGACGAUGUGGAAAGUAUCUCUGCAUUUCUUAAUGAGCCAUUUGUGGAAUUUUCUCAAAAAAACAUCGCGACAUUGUUGGAAGACAUGAGAGUGAGCAGUGAAGAGAAUACAUCUCGUGAGAAUUUGCCACAAAACUCGAUGUCGUUUAUGCUGCAGUCUCGUCUUGGUGGAGAGGGUGAGACGUUUAUUGUUGGGGUAGCCUCAACACGGCGAGUGAAGGUGGGAGAGAUGUACGCGUUGCGCGCCAAUUAUACUGUGGAUGCCUUUGUCAAUUACCACGUGGGUGGUCCGAGGGACUACUCGGUGACGGACAUUCAUCUCAACGCUGAAGAGGGACGAAGAAAAUUUUUUCGAGGAGAGAUGCAGGCCGUGAUGGUGCGCUUUUUUUACAUAAAGCCCGUAUAUCGUUGUCAUAUUUCUUUUUUUCUCCGAGAGAUAUUACGCCACACGAACUGUGAGGUGACACUUGUCUUGGAAGAUGGCCAGGCCUCGCCGUUCCCACCGUUGCUGCGGCAGUUACUCCGUGCCCCACCCCGUCGCGUGCAGGAGAAGACGCCGAUGGCUGUUGCAGAGAUGGGGUCACAGGGGGGUGACAAAAUUGAUGGAAAAGAACCGGUGGCGCUGGGAUGUCUUUUCGUCGGUACCCGACGGAUAAUUGGAGACCGAAAGAAAAUAAUAAAUACCCGCAUUAUUGUCGUUGGUGCCGGCUCUACGGGUUUGGCUUGUAUUCAUCGUUUUCUUUCCGUUCCAUAUGUGCAUUUUAGAAAUAUUGUGCUUGUCUCCACCGAUGGGAUGCCUGCACAUCCGAAUCAGCAAAGUUUAUUAUGGUUUGCGGACCACAUGGAGUUGCUUGAGCGGGAACAAAUGGGUCUUUUUGUUGGAAACCCUGUCCGUGUGGUUCAUGGCCUUGUCAUGGAUGUUGACACAACACAGAAAUAUGUAAGCAUUGACGACGGUACAUACGAGCCGUACGAUUACGUGAUUCUUACAACAGGACGCCAGUACGUUGUGCCAAACUCCAUAUGUUGUUUGCAGCAAUUGAUUCAACAGCCACUGUCCAAUAAUCAACGUGGUUUUGUACCACAAGGCACGCUGGCACUUUCUGGAGAAUCUUCUGUUGAAAAACUACGCCAACACUUACAUGAUUUGGAUCGAAAUCCACAUAAUAUCAGCAAUGUUAUUGUUUAUGGCUCCGGCUUAGAUGCCUUUGCGACUGCGACGUCUAUUGUCAGUCUUGGCUUUUCUCCGCAACGGAUUGUCGUGGUAAGUCCAGAGACGUCGAACCCUUUUUUGGACAAGGAUGCAUUUGACUGUGCUGUGAAGUUGUGUAACUCAUUAGGUAUAAAUACUUUGCGUGGUUACUAUGUUACUCGAUUAGAAUAUGACGAUGAUGGCAGUGCUCUGACAACUGUCGUGGUGUCUCCAGUUUUGUUCUCGGAGGAGGGAGGCGAUCGAGAUAAUACAGCGGGUAUUUCAAACUCCGUGGAACUGGGCUGCAGUCUUAUCGUCUGCUGUGAAGACAAGGACAUUGACAGUCAUGUACUUUCCACUUUGAAUCGACGUUCGAUUGUCUUUGAUGGGCGUGUCAUUGUUGAGGCAAAUUACCGGACAACAGAUAAGUGCGUGUACGCCGCCGGACCUGUGGCGAUGUUUACGCGCCGCUACGGCACCACCCCGGGCUUUGAAGAUUUUAAUACACGUGAUGUGGGGACAAGUUUGGCGGAAAUUCUUCUUGGUGUUUUUGGUCUUGACGAGUUUGCCGAUAAGAACCUUCGUGAAGUGGGCGAUAAAGAAGAGGAGAUUACGGCGGCUCAAAAUCAGUUAUAUAAGAGAGUUCUGCAGGAGAACGGCAGUAAUGGAGCCGAUUUUUUAAUGAGCGGCGGUGCGCUAUCGACGGAGGAAGGUAAAAAAAACAUAGCAGAGCUGCAAAAGAAGUUGCCAACGUACAAUUCCCCCGUGGCUAGUCGCAUUCGCCUUCCUGUGAAUUACGUUUUUUUCUGCUCUCGAUCGAUCGAUUUUAAACCGGAACGGUGCCUGCGGCUUUUUUAUUCCAAUAUUGAGGAGAAUAAGCCCGUCGUGACGGUUAUGGAGGAGUUGGAAGCAUCACCAUCCAUGAACAUUGAAGACCUCCCAACGCGGAUACCCGAACAGAACCUCUUUGUGAUUUACAUUGACGAGCAGACGCACCUUAUUGAUGCGGUGGUGUACUUUGGCAAUGGUGCACCGGAGAUGCAUAACUACGUGUGUCUUAUUGGUAUGCCGCAGUCCUUGCUUAACCUCAUUUACCGCUACGAAGAGGCCCGUAUUGCCAACCGCGAUGAAUCGAGCCAUCAAAGCAGUAAACAUGAGGGAUGUUCUCAUAACGACACUGGUAAUGGUAGUGGCUUGAAUUUACUGGAGUACCUGCGUUUACCAAAACUCCAAAUUUUCUUUUAUGAUCGAUUUACGGUAUUUUAUCGGGAACUGCGGGAGAAAAUGCGGGAUCAUAAGGAUUUGAUAGAUGCGAAGGCUCGUGCGUUUGAGUUCCUCACUGAGGAGUCUAUUCUCUCUGACGGAUGCCGAAAGAAGAACCUCAAUGAACUCACAGCGGAGAGCAGUUCCUUUGCUCGCCAGGUGCAGUAUGAACUUAUUAAAUUUCUGCACGAGAGCAAAGACUACGUGCCGCAGAUAUACUUUUUGCCAGACAUCCGUUCUCAUGUAAAGUAG